CUCUCUCUCCUCCAAUCUGCGCGCGCUGACGCGUUAAAGGCUCCAGCUUCAUCCUCCUCCUCAUCGUCAUGUUUACCCCGGACCCCCCGCCCCCUCCCUCUCUCAGUCUCUCUCCUCUCGGUGACUCGGUUCUGGUUCUGCUCUCCAGCUGCAGUCAUCGCGCCGCGUCGCGGCUUUUCACGGGACGUGGAGAGCAGCUCUGAUUUCCGGGGACUUUCCACUCUAAGGUGACGUUUCUCCUCCAGAACCGGACCGCUCCGCUUCCUGUUUGGCUUCUGAACCUUCUGGAGCGGGACGGAGAGAGCCGAGCCGAACCGAGCUGAGCCGCGCGCGCUGCCAGGUCCGGAAGGGACCCGACGGGAUCGUGGGUCCGCUACGUGUUUCCUGUUGAUCCACGCAGGGAAGAGACGCGAACAGGGCCGCGUGGAGGAGUUAGAACCGCCGGUCCGACCCGAGCCGGACCCGGGCUGUGAAGGCUGAGCCGGUCCUGAAGACGGCCAGUGGAGAUGGUUCCGACCCGCCGUCCGCGCUCCUGCUGCGGCUGGCGGCCGCUCUGAUCAGCAUCUGCAGCGAUGUGGUCAGCCUCUUCCUCUGCGUCCUCCUCAUCCUCAGCGACCCGACCCACCUGAAGAUGAUUCUGCUGCGCCGGUUCCGAGUCCUCAUCCUCACCGUCUUCCUGGUGGCCUGCUCCAUGCACAUCAUGGUGGACCUGCUGCCCAAGCUGGAGCGCCAGGGCGCCGGCUGCUCCUGCUCGCACGGCCCGGCCCGGACACCGGAGCGCGGCUGGGCCGAACCGGGCUGGCCCGACAAACACACGCUGCGGAUCCUGCAGGACUUCAGCAGCGAGCCCGGAUCCAACGCGUCCUCCAGAGCCCUGGACCGGCUCCCUGUGGACGGGGCGCCGACCCCGGAGCCGCGGGGCCCGCGGGGCGACAGGAGCAGCCUCUUCCUCCAGGGGCCGGCGGCGGCCCGGUUCGGUCCGGCCCGGGGUUCGAGGCUGGCGCUCCUGUUCGAGCAUCCCCUCUAUAGACGAUCUGUCCCGCCGCUGACGGAGGAAGACACGCUGUUCAACGUGAACACGGACAUCCGGUUCGACCCCAAAACAGCGGAAGACCAGGCAUGGACCGGCGAGGGCGCCGACGACGAGCCGAGCCCGACGGCCGAGCCGCCGGUCGAGUCGUACCCCAACUGGCUGCGCUUCCACAUCGGCAUCAACCGCUACGAGCUUUACGGCCGGCACAGCCCGGUGGUGGAGGCGCUGCUCAGGGACCUGCUGACCCAGAGGAUCACCAGCGUGGCCAUGAAGUCUGGAGGAACGCAGCUGAAGCUCAUCAUGACCUUCCACAACUACGGCCAGGCGCUCUUCAAGCCCAUGAAACAGACCCGGGAGCAGGAAACCCCGCCUGACUUCUUCUACUUCUCUGACUUUGAGAGACACAACGCAGAGAUCGCCGCCUUUCACCUGGACAAGAUCCUUGACUUCCGCCGAGUCCCUCCAGUCGCUGGCCGGCUGCUCAACAUGACCAAAGAGAUCCGAGACGUAACCCGAGACAAGAAGCUGUGGAGAACCUUCUUCAUCUCCCCAGCCAACAACGUGUGUUUCUACGGCGAGUGCUCCUAUUACUGCUCCACUGAGCACGCUCUGUGUGGGAAACCCGACCAGAUCGAAGGAUCGCUGGCCGCCUUCCUGCCAGACCUCGCCCUGGCCAAGCGCAAGACCUGGAGGAACCCCUGGAGGCGCUCCUACCACAAGCGCAAGAAGGCAGAGUGGGAAGUGGACCCGGAUUACUGCGAGGAGGUGAAGCAGACGCCGCCGUACGACAGCGGCUCGCGGCUGCUGGACGUCAUGGACAUGACGGUCUUUGACUUCCUGAUGGGAAACAUGGACCGGCACCACUACGAGACGUUUGAGAAGUUCGGAAACGAGACGUUCAUCAUCCACCUGGACAACGGCAGAGGCUUUGGGAAACACUCUCAUGAUGAGAUGUCCAUCCUGGUUCCUCUGCUGCAGUGCUGCAGGGUCAGGAAGUCCACCCACCUGCGUCUGCAGCUGCUGGCGAAGGAGGAGUACAAGCUGUCGGUUCUGAUGGCCGAGUCCAUGACGCAGGACCGGCUCGACCCGAUUCUCAUCCAGCCUCACCUGGACGCCAUGGACCGCCGCCUGCGCCUGGUGCUGAAGGCGCUGUCCGACUGCAUCGACAAGGAGGGCUACGGCUACGUGGUGGAGGACGACCUGCAGGGGGCGCCGGGGGCCCGCAGCGGCCCCAGGACGAGGUAGCCAGGGGACUGGGUCCGACCCGCUCCCAGGAGAACCGACUGGACCGCUAUCUGAAGCCCAAACUGAGCCAGAACCACCGGGUUUCACCUGAACUCCUUAAAAUCAACAUGUAGCUUAGAACCAACCGGGUCAGAUACGGGUCGUAGGUUAGAACCGAGUCAAACCCAGAUCAUGGGCUCUGGUUACAGGGUCUGCUUCGAUUCAGAGAAUUCUGAGGGAAUCAAGCUUCCAAACUCACUUCCUUAGUGCCAGCUGCAGACCUUUACCACAGAAGAAGAGCUGGAGCUGCAGACCUUUACCACAGAAGAAGAGCUGGAGCUGCAGACCUUUACCACAGAAGAAGAGCUGGAGCUGCAGACCUUUACCACAGAAGAAGAGCUGGAGCUGCAGACCUUUACCACAGAAGAAGAGCUGGAGCUGCAGACUUUUACCACAGAAGAAGAGCUGGAUCAAAAUGAGGUUAUUUUGUAAACUGUUUUUUUAAUCUGAUUUCUGCUGAUUCUGCCGUGUCAGCGUCUUGUCGGAGGGUUCUGGUGGGAGUGCUGGUUUACUCCGGGAUCAUUUUCUCUCUAAGUUUUUACUUGACAGCGUAUUUAUUAAAGUUUAUAUUUAUUGUUUGCUCAACAACAACAAAAAUCAGAGGAAGUGAAAUGUUUUUCAUUAGAACAGUGUACUUCUCUGUGUGCCCACCAGGGGGCAGCAGCAGCAUGUGCAGCAAUCCAAGCUGUUGGUCCCUCAUGGUUCUCUCUCCUCUCUAACACUGAGUCUGUUUCCAGCAGCUGUUCAGGCCUCUUUCUGUGCAGCAGCUGAGAUUUAAACCAAAUGUGACACUAAAUCCUCUGGUUGUUUUGGUUUGAAUGUGUCUGAUGAGGGAGACGCUUCUCCGUCCUGAGCAGCAGCUGAUCUGUUGUCUCUACUCGCCUCUGGCUGGACGUUCAUAUAUUCAGUAGGAAACUCUAGUGCCUGUGCAAUGAUAGAAAUACUUGAAUGUGUGGUUUUGCUAGCUGCGGGUUCUUUGUGUGUCUGGUUCUGCGGCCGCUCGGCGUCGGCCUCAGUAGGGUGUGUGGGUGAAUUCAUGCAGAACCUGGUUCUACAGUGAAAAAGCUUCUUUUGGUUUUCUUUCACUCUUUGUUUUAUUUCUUUUUAGUUGUUUGCAUCAUGGUAUCAGUGCAAUAAAAGGAAAUCAUCAAAA